AUGAGUGGAAAUAACAUAGAUGACGACUGGGACUUUACUUCCACAUCUAAUGAAGUUAGUACCGUGGUGUUGGUUGGACGAACCGGCAAUGGCAAAAGUGCAACCGGAAAUAGUAUUUUAAACAGGAGGGCUUUUAAAUCCCGAGCUGGUCUUUCAGGGGUAACCAGUACAUGUGAACUACAGCAAACAGUACUAGAAGAUGGUCGAAUAGUGAAUGUGAUUGAUACUCCUGGUAGGUCUACAAUGGCAACGCUAUUGGCUUUCUCUUUGGCUUUAUUGUAAAUAGGAAUACUUUCAUGGAGUACUGAUCAUAUGGUAUUUAUUCAUCAUUUUUUUCAUUAAGAUGACCCAUCAAUUGAUUAGUAUUUGAAGUGGUUUCGUUGUGAUCAAUUGUCUAAUCAGGGUAUCUCACUGACUUAUUUGCUUUAGAUUUUCUGUCCAGUCUGUGUUAUGCUUAUGCCAUCAUGAUCCAUGCAAAACAUGCUAUGAAGCAUUUUUGUGCUUGAUCGAAUAUAAUUUCUGGUAUUCGAAAUAAGGAAGGAAACCAUUGAAUUUUAACUUGAAAUGUGUAUUUAGAGAAAAUUUGCAGUAGUUUUUAAUACUAUAUGAGGAUUUCUUGUUGGAGCUUUUAUUCUGUAAAAGAAUUUUUAUUUCGGCGAGCUUCUUAUGUGUUAAUAUACUGGCCAUUUGGGUCCUAAGAGGUAAUAGGAAAAACAAGGCAGAAGAACGGAAGUCGGAAAAGACAGUUGAUAACAUUAUCUACUCGAUUUGGUGACUGUCUAUAGUAAGGGCUUAAGUGCCAUCGAUUAUUUGCUUGCACUGAUGUCCAGCAAAUACCAAGAAUAGAGCAAGUACAGAGACAUAUCGCUCUUGAAUUUCUUUUGUCGCAUACCGCUUUCAUAACAAAAGAAUUUUGUACUGAAGGCAUAACAAAUCAUAAAGCGUAACAGAUCACAAUGGCUUCUAAAUGAAUUUUUCACUGUGACUAUAAUUUCGUUAAUUUGGAUUGUAUAGUUAUUGAAUCUUUUGGUUGCUUCUGCAGGUAGGAACAUGAAGCAUUAUGAUUUCUGUCUGAAACAAUUUACCAAAAUCCGUCAUUUAAAGUGAUUUGCGGCUACGAAUUAUUAUUAAAAAUGUUGUAUUCCUAAUUUUCUCUUGGAGCGAGAUUUAAGACGUGCUUUGAAAAGUUUCUCAGAUUAGUACUAUACCCUGAGUGAAUCCCACAAAGAUGAGAUGUGUAUGGGUAUUCGCUGGUCGGAAUCUGUAGUUCAGGGAGAGCUUCAGAAUAUAGAUGAAAAAGAUGUAAUUGAUAAAAACCAUAUAUCAGAGUAGUUUAUUUUACCUACACAAAGUGGACGGGUGUAUCCCCGCUUGUGGUCGUAAGUUGAUACGAGUUGGACAGCAUUUCUCCAUCCGUCCGAUUUUUUUUCUCCCUUCUUUCCUUUAAAGAUUAACUGCAUUAGCGUUGUGUCGUAUUACGCAAGAACGUGAUGACCAUGUAUGGACAAAUGAACGCAUAUACGAUUUCUAUUUAAUAAUGGUUACGAAAUGUAAAAUGCAAAUUCACUAUCUGUUCACGAUAUCAGUUUAUUAAUGGUCUUCGAAUACUUUGUGGUUUACCAUAAUUUAGAAUAUCAGAUAAUCAUUUUGAGAACCGAGUACUCUUGAAAGAAAAAUGAUAACGACUUAUCUCCUGCAUUGACUUCCUGCAUAUAACCUAUACCAAACUUUAAGUCUUGUUUAUUGAUUAUCAAUUUAUUUAUCUUACGUGUGUCAUUGUUGAUCCAUUUUAUUUUUUCCAGGACUGUUUGAUUUCUCAGCAGAACCUGACUUUGUCGGUAAAGAGAUUGUGAAGUGUAUCGAUCUUGCCAAGGAUGGUAUCCAUGCAGUUCUUGUGGUCUUUUCUACCCGUGGCCGCUUUUCAAGAGAAGAAGAGGCUGCAUUGCAAGCAUUACAGACCUUUUUUGGAGAGAAAAUCACCAAUUACAUGAUCGUGGUAUUUACUGGUGGAGAUGAUCUUGAAGAGAACAACGAGUCCCUAGAGGACUACAUACGUCAAGAGUGUCCAGAACCUUUACAGGUCUAUUAAUUCCCCUCAUCUAUCUCUCCUCAUUCCAAUGGUGAUCUGAUAUCCCAUCAUAGAUCAACCGGAAACUCUUCACCAGUUCCAUUUCAAACUGAAAAACUCUUGAUUCACAUGUCACACAUAUAUUCGCAAUCCUAUCCAUAUGUGGUGCAUUAAAGAGAAAGGAUCAUGUUUCAUGUGGCAGAUUUGUGAUUAUUUUGAUGUCUUGCUCAACACAAAUUUUUAUUUUCUAAUUUAGUGUCAUUAAUAUCCCAUAUUUUUAGAAAGUAAAUGUUUUGUUUGGAAAUGCUUAUCCUUUCCCUAAAUCAUGUUGUUCUCCCUGGGUGCUUGAGAAAUUCAUCUAAUGAACUUCUUCCUUUUAAUUUUUUAUGUUCUCUACAGUUCCUAUGAUUACUAUAAGUGAAUUGAUGAAGAUUUUGAUCUGAUGGCCCUUUUAAUUUUGUUCAUUUAUUUGGGUUUUCGUUCCUUAUUGUUUUGCAUGCCAUAUUUGUCAACUGUAAAGAACCAUUGACGAUUAUUAGCAUUUUCUGAUCGUUGGCAACGUUAUGUAGAAAUUCCUUGACUUGUGUGAUCAAAGAGUGGUGCUUUUUGAUAACAAGACAAAGGACGUGAAUAAGCGAGCUCAACAGAUGCGGCAAUUGUUUUCCCUCGUUGACUUGGUCAUCGCAAAGAACAACGGGCAGCCUUACUCUGACGAGUUUUUCGCUGAACUCAAGGUAAUGAAUGCUUAGUUGACUUAUACUGACGGCAUGAUCUCGUUAUAUUUGGUAAUGUAUUCCUGGUCAAAUCUGUCUACAACAGAAAGGAGCUGAGAGUUUAUAUGACAAGAAGAAAGAGGUGGAAUCUCUGAAGGGAUACACAAAACCAGAGAUAUCUGAGUUGUUGGACCACUUGUAUAAACAGUACAAUGAUCAACUAAAGCGAAUUACUGAAAUGGUAUGAAUCUGCGCUUUGCUAUGAUCAGUCAGCUUAUCCUAUUUGGUUUCUUUUGACUUUUACAUGCCUGUUUCGCUAAUAAUUCAUUGUGAUAUCCGUAGGUGGAAACGAAGCUAAGGGAGACGACGAAGAGGCUAGAGCAGCAGCUAGCCGAAGAACAGGCCGCUCGUCUGAAGGCUGAAGAGCUGGCGGAAGCUGCUCAACAGAGAUCAAAUGAUGAGAUCCGUCGACUGCGAGAGAACCUGGAAAAAGCUCAGAGGGACACUGAGGAUCUGCGGAGGAGAGCGCAGAAUGGCGGAUGUGCUAUUCUGUAA